UCGACCAAUGAGGCGCGUCGUCUUUGGCUAAGCCCCCCCACUGUCAUGGCUGCGCGCAGGACAACACGUGUGCGUCUCGUGUAGCCUUUGCUCGGCAGACGCGUUUCUCAUUUAAACGUUGCGUUUGAGUCCCUUUUUAUUAUUAUUAUAUACCCGGCUUCCCGACCUCCUACCAAGGCGCGAUGAGGGGCGGCGGUGGGGGUGGCGGCCGCGGCGGAAGAGGCGGCCGCGGCGGAAGAGGCGGUCGCGGCGGCCGCGGUGGGCGAGGAGGAGGAGGCGGCGGCCUCUUCCGCGGACAGAGCCGCGGUGUGCGCGUCGUCGGGCAGUGGCAGCAGGUGACCCUUGACCCCGAGUUCCUUGCGAGCGGCGACCUGGACGGCUUCGUGUGCAUGGAGGAGCUGCACGACUACACGAUGGUGCGGCCCGAGGCGAUCGAGAAGGAGGACCAGAGGAACAAGCGCAAGGCGGCGGCGGAGGCGGCGGCGGCAGGUGUUGCGGCCCGACCGAGCCCGGCUAAGAAACCGAGAACGGACACGGACUCUGAGCCGGCCGAAUCGGCGGGUGACGACGGCACCGCCGGCGGCGACGCUGACGCCGCCGCGAUUCGUAAAGAGGCCAGGAAGAAGAAUAAGAAGGAGGAGGGGAACAAAAAGACGAAGAAAACGAGUAAGAAGAAAAAGAAGUGGAUGGAGUUGGAAGCCGCUUUGGAGAAGGAGGCGGCCGAGUCCGGCGUGGACGUUGGGUACGACGCGGGUGACGACGAUGAGGGCAACAACGGUGAUGAGGCCAUCGAGGAGAUGGAGCCCCUGGGUGGCGAAGAGAAGGAUGAGGGCGGAAGCAGCAAGAAGCUGAAGAAGAACGAGAAGAAAAAGAAGAACAAGAAGAAGAAGAUCGUGGAGGGUGCGGAAAAGCAAGCGCCGGCGAGCGAAGGCGGCCCCAAGAAGGCGACGAGCGGCGCCAAGAAGCGCCCGUGGACGACCGUCGCGCUGGACGGCGAGGCGCUGGAGGGGGGCGUCGCCGCCGACGUGUCCGCGUGGGAGGGCCUCUACGUGCCGGAGCCCGUGCUGUGCGCGCUCGCCGAGAUGGGAUACACGGCGCCCACCGCCAUCCAGGCGCUCGUGCUGCCCGCAGCCAUCCGGGACCGGCGCGACGUGCUGGGGGCCGCUGAGACUGGCAGCGGCAAAACCCUCGCCUUCGGAAUUCCCAUGAUCCAGCGAAUCCUUGAGUGGAGGGAGAGCCGCGAGGCGGAGCAGGCAGACGACGGCGCCGAGGGAGAGACGGGCGACUCGCACGAAGGAGACCAAGUCGCAGAAGACGACAACGUUGCCGACGACAACAACGACGUUGCCGACGACGACGAUGACGACGUUGACGACGAUGACGACGUUGCCGACGACGACGGCGCUGCCGUUGGCCCGGAGACGGGCGUGCUCGACUCGCAGGGCCGAGGCUGCGUGCGCGUCGUCGACGACGUCCCCCUCGACUUCGACCCGACCUCGGACUCCGGCGCGCCGGGGGCCGUCACCUCGAAGCGCGAGGCCUGGCAGCCACGGAAGCCGCUGCUCGGCCUUGUGGUGACGCCCACGAGGGAGCUGGCGGUGCAGGUGAAGCAGCACCUGGACGCCGCGGCACGGCACACAGGGAUCUGCACGGCCGUGGUGGUGGGCGGCAUGGCCCAGCAGAAGCAGCAGCGAGUGCUGAGCCGUCACCCGGAGGUGGUGGUGGCCACGCCCGGGCGCCUCUGGGAGCUCAUCCGCGAGGGGCACCCGCACCUCACCCACAUGCGCUCGCUCAGGUGCCUGGUGGUGGACGAGGCGGACCGCAUGGUGGAGCGCGGUCACUUUGCCGAGCUCUCACAACUGCUGGAGCUGCUCGCCGGCACGGAGUUCAACGCGCGCCGCCAGACCUUCGUGUUCUCGGCGACGCUGACGCUCGCCGGCGCCGCCGGGAAGCGGCCGCUGCCCUUCAAGAAGGGCAAGAAGCAGGCGGCGCCGUCGCAGCACGACGCCGGCGGGAAGCUCGAGAUGCUGAUUCAGCGCAUCGGCAUUCGAGGCAAGCCGAAGGUGGUGGACCUGACGCGGCGCGAGGCGACGGCGGAGACGCUGAUGGAGUCGCGCGUGCACUGCGACGCCGACGACAAGGACCACUACCUCUACUACUUCCUGCUGCGCCACCCGGGCCGCACAAUGGUGUUCGCCAACAGCAUCGAGUGUGUGAAGCGCCUCGCCGGGCUGCUGGGCGCCCUCGCCUGCGAGGCGCUGCCGCUGCACGCCAACAUGCACCAGAAGCAGCGGCUCAAGAACCUCGAGAGGUUCGCCGAGCGACAGAGCUGCGUGCUGCUGACCACAGACGUCGCGGCCCGUGGGUUGGACAUCCCGAACGUGGAAAACGUCAUCCACUACCAGUUGCCGCGCACGUCCGAGACGUACGUGCACCGGAGCGGGCGCACGGCGCGCGCCACGCGCGAGGGCCUCAGCCUCAUCCUCGUGGGCCCCGGUGACGUGCCGGCCUACCGCAAGAUCUGCCGUACGCUCCGCGGGGACAAGGAGCUGCCCUGCUUCCCCGUGGACCCCCACAACCUCACCGCCGUCAAGGCCCGCGUGGCGCUGGCACGUAGCAUCGAGAAGGAGCUGUACCACCACAGCCGCGCGCAGCAUCACAACUCGUGGUUCCAGAAGGCGGCGGACGCCAUGGACAUCGAGCUGGAGGACGACAUGCUCAUGGGCGGCGCCCGCUCGGAGGACAGCGAACGUCAGCGCCAGUGGCGCCUGCAGUCGUUGAGGAAGCAGCUGGCGCACCUGCUGGCGCAGCCCGUGUUCCGCGCCACCAGCAAGACGCGCUACCCCACGCAGUUCGGGGCGCUGGCGACGCCACCCGCGGCCUCCGCGGACGGACGGGUCCCGGCGUCGGCCAUCGCGGCGCUGCGCGACGGGAGGGUCGGCAGGAGGAAGGCGGCGAAGGGGAAGCAGAAGCAGAAGCAGAAAAAGAAGCAGAAGCCGCAGGCGCCCGGCGCCGCGAGCUAGACACAGCGGUCGUCGUCGGCCGAGGACGUCGGCUCGCGGACACUGGGGGGUGGCGGGGGGGGGCGGGUUUGGUGGAGCGACGGAGGUGGAGCGACGGCAGCCCGGCUGCUAGCCGCCGUGAAAGUGGCGUCGGCCUGCCCGGGUGUGAACGCCCCGAGCAAGGAGCCCCUCCUGUGAGCGGGGGAAUACUCGAGACUCGGUUGAAGCUGUCCGAUGGAAAGGGGUCGCGUGGACGGAAAGGUUUUAUUUAAAAGGAACUCGAGAGAGGCUGCUUCGUGACGCCGUCUGUUGCGUGCAACAGCAGCAGCUUGGCUGCUCGAGUUGCCAAUGGGAAAUGUUUUUGCCUUGUAACAUAAAACCAAUCACACAGUAAUAGCGAUAGUUCAGUAAUAUGAAAGCCCAGUAAUACCGAUGGCCCAAUAAUACCACAGCGCAUCAUUACAAUAGCGCACUAAUACCAAGAACCCAAUAAUACCGAUGGCGCAAUAAUACCAGUAGAACAAUAAUACAAGUUGUACAAUUUGGAAUAUAAUCGGGGGGGGGGUGGUGUGAGUGGGAAACUUUAAAAUGUAAGCAUUUCACAUCCCCGUGUUGGCCUCCCUUUCUACCUUUGCGUUGUUCCAAGUCGCAGGAAGCCAUGGCCAGGGCAUUGUAGCCGUUCGUGUGAGCCCUUUGUUUUGUCGGGAGGCAGUGACGGCAGCCGAAGACGAUCCUCACAGAUUUGUCGCAGCGCGGAACCUCGCGUCGUUACGUCCGACAGGAGAGACCUCGACAGCCCCCCCCCUUCCCCCCCCCCCCGUGCCUCCUUUGUAGCGGCAUCGUCUGCUGGAGGAGCACAGCUGAUGAGUUCAUCACCGACGCUGACCGUGUCGGGGGGGGGGGGAUGGUAUUUUCCCCCUACCCCCCCCCCCCCAACAAAUGGGCAUUAUCGAUCUAAGUCGGUUUGAUGGACGCACCUCCGAUUAGCACCGUUGGCUACGUACAGUGCAAAAGAAGUUCAACAUACGAAUAAAUGGACCCCCUCUCUCCCCAUAGCAGGUGUCUCUACCGAGCCCAGCGAGGAGCCCUUGGCCGCUUGCCAGUCAUCUGGUGGGUUUAGUUCCGAUGUAGGCCCUCGGCUGGGCGAGGUUGAUGGGGUGUUUUCCCUCUUUCCCACAAUGCCUAUUAUUUGUGUCGACGUCAAGCCCGCCACCGCUUGGGUAAUCUGGUUCAGCCACGGGGUGGCCGCCCUGGCUUGACCCUCGGUUCUCGGCAGUGCCAGGUCAACGCUCUAACACGGCCACCCUUGGGCCACUCGGCUGCCCACCGCUCUGUAUAAGAGCUCAACAAUCUGUCCUCGAUGGUCUCAGCCCAGGGUCAAAUCACCCAGAAUGCACCCCAUCUUGUCAGAUCCCGAGAGCCUGGGUGGGUGGUCGCGGUGUACAACAAGGUGCUGUAUGCUGCUGCCGGGGCUUCGUUGUGUUCAGCAGAGGGCAGUAAAGCAAAAUCCAUUGUUUUUAUAUCGCCCAUAUCGCUCCCCUACUUUGACCAACCCACAACGAUGACAGCAAGCAAGCGUGGUUGAGCAUGCUCAAAUAACCGCUGCGUCCGCCGCCCGGCACGGUGGAUUUUUGCCCCCCUUAUCCGGCAGUGGAUCGACAAAAGGGGCUGCACACUAAACUCGGUGACGUCUCAUUGAGCCGACGCGAUAUCGGGAGUGCGGCGAGGGUCGAGAUGUACCAAGGGUGGCAGAGUCGGGUUUUUUACAAUCAGGUUUAAUUGGCUUUUUAUAUUAAACCCGAUCUGAGAUUGGGAUAAAUCCGGUUUAAUUGGUUCUAAAAAAAAAACGCGAUGCCUGCCGAUGGAAAAAUCGGGUUUUUUUCCACCCAUGAGAUGUAUGUGUCUUGCGCGGCAGAACCCUCGCCUCCUGUCGGCAGAACAACGCCACGCUCGAUCCUGGCCGCGUCGGAGGCUGUCGCGCGGCGCGAGUGGACCGUGCUGCCCCCGUCCGCCCCACCACACAGCCCCAGGAUCUGUCAACUCCCUCGCACGUUUCGUCUGUUGUGGCCCUCGGAAGGUCGCAACCACGCGGGCAAUAGCUUUUUUUUGUUGUUAAAUGACGCCGCUGUACGCACAGGAUCCCGUGGGCGCCACCGUGGAGAGAUGUUAACUACUUCGCCUGAUAUACAGGAAGUCGUGGGUUCGAUCCCGACCCUGACACCUGUAUACUUUAAGUGUGCGUGUAUUUCUCCCCGUGGUCGCGUGGAUUUCUGUCCGGGUCAUCCGGUUUUUCCCUCCACAUUUCGAAUCGACAUCACGCGUUUAGAGUAUUUUGCUGCUAUACAUUUCCACGUGAUGAGCCACUUUGCUUAGCUAUAAUUUGUGAUUGCCAGGUCGCUUCUGUGAAAGAGCUAUAUAUAGCUCAGUGGGACCUUGCCUGGUAAUUUAAUUUUUUUAAGUUGAACAGUGCAGUUGAAAUGGCUGCGUGAUGCUGAUUGAUCCCUUUUGCGGUGAUGCGACGCUGGCCACGGUUUCCCUGUUGGCGGAGGUGCAGGGAAACAGUGGCGGACCGUUCGAAAAUAGGCAAACGGUCGUUAACACUCCCACGAAGGGAAAACCUCUUCGUUAAUCUGUCCACCCCCGUUCAAGAGGAGGUUCCUGGGAGGAACAGCGGCAGGCGUUUCCCGUGUUUUCGUCGCUAGAGGGAGAUGGCGGUCUCUACUGGCCACCGGCGAGCCGCGUGCGUUGUACGAACGUUGAACGUCUUUCGUGCACCGUACGUAGCUAAUCGGACGUCCGGGGAGGGAGGCGUUGGGGACAAACUAAAACACCAAAAGGAAGUUCUAAAGAAAUGAGUUUUCAAUCUAGAUUUUUAAAAGUGCACGGCUAAAGUCUGCUUUGCUAAUAUCGGAAGGAAGAGAGCGUUCCGGACGGCCACAGAAGCGCGUCCGAAUGCGCCGCGCGAUGCGGUGGCCACCGCCUUUGAUCGGUGGCCACACAAAAGUUGCUGCUGCUGCGAGGAUAACGACCGGAGUUCGAGUGAUGAUGGUUUAUGCUCCAGUGACCGUUUUUACUCCCAAACAUUGCCCUUAAAAGUCGAACCACGUCCCUCACGCCAUUCACAGACGUCUGUCGGUCACGUCUGGUUGUUUAACAAGCUCCGACUUCGGCCGAUGAGUCCCAGAAAGUUGACACCACCAGUUCCAGAGUGUUUGCUUGUUCAAGCAAAUCAUGCUUGAUAAUGUUGGGAUGGGCAAACCGAUAAUGGUUUGCUGGGCUAAAGCACAUGUUUCAUUUCGAUGUGACGAGAUGGAAGGCAGUUGUGCUUGCGUGUGCGACUAGUCAUUGUUUGAUCCCAACCGAAAUGAUUGGGCCUGAAGGUAAGACGAUCACAAUUGUUAUUUCUCACGCUGGGUUUCGCCCCGUUAGCCGGCGUUUGCGGUGAUUGUUUUAUUUUGGCGCGCGUACACAUUUGUUGAAUGUGGAGCAAAUAAAAUUGUUUUCUCUUACA